UAACAAUAAUUCUCACACUGAAAGAGAAAUGGUGGGACGGCUUCGAAGAACAACAUGUUACUACUACGAGUGCCCCCCAUCCAGUUCAAGCCCUAGAUGGAAGAGAAGCGAAUGAACAACCGGAAUUCGUCACAGGGAACCUCCGUCUCUCUCACACCAAACAAGUCUUCAAUCCACUCAAUGGAUCCACCUUCCUCACGCCGUAGAGGCGGAAGUCAUAAACGGAAAGCCACCGGCAACUUGUCCACGCCUCCAACAACCUCAUCCAAGCGCCAAUCCCGUGAGAAGCCUUAUUCGAGCCCACUUCCACCGGUUCACAAUGGUCCUUGCACUAGGGCGAGGCAAUCGCCUAAUGCCGGAGGAGGCACUACAUCGAAUUUCGUGCCGAUCGGUUCUUCUGUCGUCCCAUUGAAGCGCGAACUUGAGGCGGAUAUGCUGGCGUUAUCUAGGAAUGGAGAUACAUUGAAUUUGCAAUCGACGGAUGAAACGCCUGUCACGGAACAUGAUUUGGUUGCGUUGGAGGCGAAGAUUGAAGCUGAAUUUGAAGCUAUUAGAUCGCGGGAUGUCAAUGAUCACGUUGUUCCAAUUCCAGCUGGUUGGUUUUCAUGGACGAAGAUUCAUCAAUUGGAGGAACGAACACUGCCUUCUUUCUUCAAUGGGAAAUUGGACAAUCGUACUCCAGAAAUAUAUAAGGAGAUUCGUGAUUGGAUUAUGAAGAAGUUUCACGGGAACCCAAAUGUAAAUGUGGAAUUGAAUGAUUUGAAAGAGCUUUCAUGUGGAGAAAUGGAUGCCAGACAGGAGGUGAUGGAGUUCUUGGACUAUUGGGGUUUGAUCAAUUUCCACCCAUUUCCAAAGACUGAUUCUGGACCAGUAAAAGCUGAAUCUGAUGUGGGUAAUUCAGCAAAAGAGGAAACCUUGAUUGAGAAAUUGUAUUCUUUUGAAGCUGAAAAUUCAUGGUCACCUGUAGUUUCAAGGACAAGUGUUACAACACCAGCCGUGCCAUCUGGCUUCUUACCUGAUUGUGCCAUUGCAGAAGAGUUGUUGAAACAGGAGGGCCCAUCAGUAGAGUAUCAUUGUAAUUCGUGUUCAGCCGAUUGCUCCCGCAAACGCUAUCACUGCCAAAAACAGGCAGACUUUGAUUUAUGUAGUGAGUGCUUCAACAAUGGAAAGUUUGACCCUGAUAUGUCCCCAACUGAUUUCAUUCUCAUGGAGCCUGCUGAGGCUGCUGGUGCAAGUGGAGGGAAGUGGACUGACCAGGAGACACUACUCCUUCUUGAAGCAAUUGAACUUUAUAAGGAGAACUGGAAUGAGAUUGCUGAACAUGUAGCCACAAAAACAAGAACUCAAUGUAUUCUGCACUUUAUUCAAAUGCCAAUUGAGGACACUUUUAUAGAUUGUGAUGAUGAGGUUGAUGAUAAAUCCAAAGAGAAUGUCAAUCCAGUUUCAGUGAACGACUCUUCUGCUCCUGAAAAUGAAGCUGAAGUAACGGAAGAUAAGGCAGAUCCAGAUGAAAAUCAAAAGGUCUCCACCCCUGUGGAUAUCUCAAAGGAAGAAGAUGCUGCUGAACCUAAAGUUGACGAGGAAGCAGGUGAAAAUUGUGCCCUUAAGGCACUCGAGGAAGCAUUCGAAGCUAUAGGUUCUCUUCCUAUAACUGGCUCCCAGAUUUCAUUCGCUGACACGGGGAACCCCGUCAUGGCACUGGCAGCAUACCUAGUAAAAUUGGUUGAACCAGAUGUUAUAACUGCUGCAACCCAAAAUUCUUUGAAGUAUGCAUCUGGAAGUUCUGGAAUGCUUCUUGCGAUGAAGCAUAGUUUUAUUCUGGAAGACCCUCCAGAGGACAAGAAUCAAUUAGAAGAUGAAGAAACGGAUUUUUUAGAAACAGAUGAUAAAGACACUAAAAAUGUUGAGCAGAGUGAGGACAAACAAAACGAGAAAAAAUCAUCAGAUGGGGCUGAUUUAUUAAAUAAAGGUGACGAUAAUUUGGUUGCACCCGAUAAAGAAGUGUCCAUUUCGUCUAGUGGUGGAAGUGGAGGGAAGGUUCCUACUUCGAACGAUUCUCCUUUGCCAGAUACUCAUGAAGAGGGUAAGAAUGUUGCUUCAAAGGGUUCAAGCUGCCCGGAGUUGCAGAAAGAUAAAGAAUCAACCGUUGCAAAAGAACCAAAUGACCCACUGCUUAAAACUGAAACUUCUUCUGGUUCUGUGAAAGAUUUGAAUUGUAAAAUGUCUGAGGAAGCAGCCAUUCAAGAUAAAGAGGCGACUAGAACUGUCACUUCUACUACAUCUGGUUCUCUUCAUGCAGAGCAGAAAGACCCUGAACAGACAGCUGCAGCAAGUACAAUAUCUGAAAGUCCAACAAAUGCAGACGAUGAAGAAAGAAAAGAUGAAAAGAAUGAAGGGCAAGAAUCCUCAGAAACAACAAAAGACAACACAGGCAUUGAGAAAUUGAAGCUCGCUGCAACGACUGCUAUUUCAGCUGCAGCUGUGAAGGCAAGGCUGCUUGCUUACAGAGAAGAGGAUGAGAUUCAACAGCUUACUUCACAGUUGAUAGAAAAACAGUUACACAAGCUGGAAUCGAAGUUAGCUUUCUUUAGUGAUAUGGAAAGCGUGGUGAUGAGAGUCAGAGAACAACUGGAGAAGUCAAAGCAGAAACUUUAUCAAGAACGGGCACAAAUAAUUGCAUCCCGUUUAGGGGCACCACCACCUACAUCUAAACCAACAACAGCAGCACCAACAACAUUACCUAUCAAUAGAGUUGCAAUGGGUUUUGCUAACUCGGGUUUGAGACCUGGAUCAGGAAUGGGCAUGGCUUCCCAGCAAAGGCCAAUGAUUUCAAGACCUCUGUCUAUGUCAUCAACCGCACCUUCACCAGUACCACCACAGCCUACAGCAGCUGGUAGUAGCCAACAACACCCUGUUAGUGUUAGGCCUUCCAAACAGCUGUAGAAGGGGCCCCUAGGGAGAGGUUAGUAUUAUUAUGUUCAGCAAACUUAUUAUGCUCUUGAGAGAUUGAUUCUGCAUAUCCAUUAACUUAUCUUUCUAUAGCCAACUUUUGAGUUGCAUGAAUCAAAACUCAUGCACCUGUAAAUGGCGUUACAGCUUAGUUUUUGAAGCACCGUCUAUUUAUUCGCAUCAAUUUCUAGUGGUUUCAAUUAUUAUUUGCA